UGCAAUGCCCAUUACAAAAAUGUAAAAUUCCCAACAUUCUAUAAAAUGGAUGUAUCUCAUUUUGGAAAAGAGCUCUUCAUAUUCAGUUGUCCAAAGAGUUCUGAAUACGCAACUGAAAUACUCCUUGAGCUUCUUGGAAGACUGAAGAAGAAAUCCAGUUGCUAGGGUUACUAGCUAACUAAACUCGUUCAAUACGGCAACCUUGAUGAGUGGGUAGUCGUGGCCUAAUGGAUAAACAGAUGGGUUCAGAUCAGAGGGUUGCGGGUUCAAAUCCCACCCUUUCACUCCGUAGGCCUACUAUACUCCAUGGCUGAGUUGCCCUUGAGCAAGGCACCUUACCCCAGUGCUGCUUCCGCGACUGUAACCAAUAGGCGUAAUAUCUGUAAGUCUCUUUGGAUAAAAGAGUCAGCCAAGUGUAAUCUAAUAUAAAAGAGACUCUUUAUCGACAUAUCCUUAUUCUGCUCAGCCAAAAGGUACUGUGAAUUUGGGGAUUUUUCCCCUGUUCAUAACCAGCAGUUACAGUAACUUUCAGAUUGUGGAGAAUCAAGUCCAGUUGGAAUGCUACCUGAAACUAGUAGGCCUACCGGUACUUAGCAGUUAAAAUGCCUUUAUUUAUCAAGUGUUUUGAUAAUGUCAUGCCCAUUAAAAUUAAGACAUUUACUACAAAGAAGAUGAGUGCCUUGAUAUUCUACACCCUUUAAAGCUUUCAGAUUGUAUUAUGUAAUACACAGUAAAAGAGACUCUUCACAAAAUCCUUAUUCUGUUCAACUGAAAGGUACUGUGAAUUUGAGGAUUUAUUCCUCUCUUCAUAACCAGCAGUUACAGUAACUUUCUGCUACCUGCUACCUGGAACUAGUACUUAGUAGGCCUAGUUAAAAUGCCUUUAUUUACCAAGUCAUGUUAUGCCCAUCAAAAUAAAGGCAUUCUUAACUACAAAGAAGAUGAGUGCCUUGAUAUUUCUACAGCUUUUAAAACUUUCAGAUUGUGUUCUGUUCAUCAGGAAGGUGUCGGCUGUGAAGGAUGGGAGAGAAGGGGGUGUGCUGUGGCUGGGGCUGCCGGGAGCUGGUGCUCCUGGGGCUGCUCCUGGGUAUGACCACGGCAGUCGUGGCCCUCUCUGUGGUGAUGCUGACUGAAGACGCAGCUGAAACAACACCUGAUCCAGUUACCACUCCACCACCUACAGUGCCUCCCCAUAGCUUCCGCAUAGGGGUGGGUAGGGCUGACGUCACCGGCCCGGUUGGGGAUGUACCCCUGAUGGGCUACGCCAGCUUGGACCAGACAGCGGGGGGUAUUCAUUUCCGUCUGUUCAGCAGAGCCUUCAUUGUGGACGAUGGGGCCAGCAGAGUGGUGUUUGUCAGUGCUGACAUUGGCAUGGUCUCCCAGAGGCUAAGGCUGGAGGUUCUGAACGCUCUCAAGGAGAAAUAUGGGGACCAGUACAACCAAGCCAACGUGGUUCUGAGCGGUACGCACACACACUCUGGGCUGGCGGGCUACUUCCAGUACACACUCUUCAUGAUCACCAGCAAGGGCUACAUCAAGUCAUCCAUAGAGCCCAUCGUCAACGGGAUCGUAAAGAGCAUUGAGAUGGCCCAUACGAGCAUGAGGCCUGGCCGCAUCUUCAUGAGCAAGGGAGAGGUGGAGGAGAGCAACCUGAACCGCAGCCCCCAGUCCUACAUGAACAACCCAGAGGAGGAGAGGCAGAAGUACAAGUCCAAUACCGACAAGGAGAUGGUGGUAUUGAAGUUUACAGAUAUUAAUGGAGAUGGCAUGGGGAUGCUCAGCUGGUUCGCUGUCCACCCUGUCAGUAUGAACUACACCAAUCGCAUGGUCAGCGGGGACAAUCUGGGCUACGCAUCCUACCUGUUCGAACAGGAAAGGAACCUCAAUGCACUUCCUGGUGAGGGAUCGUUUGUGGCGGCGUUUGCCUCCAGUAACCUUGGCGACGUUUCUCCCAACACCAGAGGUCCCUACUGUGUGAACACCUUUGAGAAGUGCGAUUACCUCAACAGCUCCUGUCCCAUCGGCGGGACGAAGAUGUGCGUUGGCUUUGGACCAGGGGACAACAUGUUUGAAAGCACCAGGAUCAUUGGAGACCACAUCUACAGGAAAGGCAAAGAACUGUAUGGCAACGCAGGGCAGGAGCUGAACGGCUCCGUCCAUGGCGCCCACCAGUGGGUCAACAUGACGGACGUCACCGUCCAGAUCAACUCCACGCACACGGCCACAACGUGUAAGCCAGCCCUGGGCCACAGCUUCGCCGCAGGAACAACAGAUGGUGGCGGUGACCUCAACUUCACCCAGGGGGCUGUGGAGGGGGAUCCGUUCUGGGACGGCAUUCGUGAUGCCCUCUUGGGCGCCCCUUCUAACGAGACGCAGGACUGCCAUGAGCCCAAACCCAUUCUCUUCAACACAGGAGAGAUGAACUGGCCUCUGCCGUGGCAUCCAGCCAUAGUGGAUGUGCAGCUCAUCACCAUUGGAUCCCUGGCUAUCGUGGCCACACCUGGGGAGGCCACCACCAUGGCCGGGCGACGGUUAAGGGAAGUGGUCAAACAGGAAUUGCAGUCCAAAGGGGGAUUCUCCAAAGCUGAAGUUGUCAUCGCUGGACUGUGCAACAUCUAUACCCAUUACAUCACCACCUACGAGGAGUACCAGGUCCAGAGGUAUGAGGCAGCCUCUACCAUCUACGGUCCUCACACGCUGAGUGCCUACCUGCAGCACUUUGGAGGUCUCGCCAGGGCCAUAGCAGAGGGUAAAGAGGCUGAGGUGCCCCAGGGUCCAGAGCCCCCGUUCUUCAGUGAUAAACAACUCUUCAGUCUGCUGCCUAAUAAUCCAGUCGACAAGAAGCCUGCCAGCACCAACUUCGGAGACGUCCUGGAACAGGUCUACCCCGUCUACAAAGUGGGAGAAGUGGCUUCUGUGACCUUUGUUGCGGGAAACCCAAGGAACUCCGGAAAUAUGACUGAUAACACUUUCGUCACCGUUGAGAGGUUUCACAACAGCACCCGAACGUGGACGCUGGUUCACACAGAUGCGUCUUGGGAAACAAGAUUCCACUGGCUGAAGGGUUCCGGAGGCCUCAGCAACACCACUGUUGAGUGGCACAUUCCCACGGCCGCCCAGACCGGCAUCUACAGAAUACGCCACUUUGGACACUACAAGCAAAGGAAGGGCAUAACCGGCUCCACCAUCUUGCCUUACAACGGCACGUCUGAUGAAUUUAAAGUCACAAAAACAUACUGGAGCAGAGCAACUGGUUAGGGGUUAGGGAUUUGGUUUCAGCUUCUGAAGGGUUGUAGGUUCAAGUCCCCUUCCUACACGUAGGGUGUGGAUGAGGUUAGUAAAUAACUACUUGCACCCUCAUCCAUGGCUCAGACAUCGUGUGAAAGGUAGAAGUAUGUAAGUUGUUUAUUUUCAAAACGUGUGCUGCUUCCAAUGUUGAUGUGAGAUCUUUUCAUGAACAGAAGUGUAAUAUUACUUAUUAUUAAAUAUUAUUAUUAUUACUUAAUAUUACACUUAUAUGUACUGGUCCGACCAAAUUAGCCUACCGUAUGUUAUGCAGCCAAUGAUGUCAAUGACUGGUAAUUCAAAAUGGCGGAUAUCCAAAUCAAAAUGAACACUUACAAAUUGGCAGAGGUGGUAAAUAUACAUGAGAUAAUAUGACAAAAGAUAACAUCUGUGAAUGGGAAGCAUAAAAUCAGGAAAUACACUACUGAAAAAAUGACAUACUCCAUCUUUCAUGAGACUGUCGUUGUUGGCCUACAUAAUAUCUUACCUUUACAUACUGCACAUCACUCUGGUUAAGUGUCAGCUUAAUGUAACGUUAUUGUUUUAAGUCACUAUGUGAGCGAUUUGAUGUGUGAAUGAUGUUAAAAUGUAAAUUGUCUCAACACUUAGUCUUGUGUCGCUAGACUCGGACAUACAGUAUGUUUGAUUGGAUGUGUGGCUUGAGUGUCGUGUCUGUUUGAAGUGAGACCUGGCAAAAAUUAGAUUUUUUUAAAAAAAUAUGUGAAUUUUAUCUUCUUAUCCGAUUUAAAUUCUUUUGACAAAAAAAUGUACAAACUGUAUAGAAGACAAAAUAAAACAACUGUUUCCUGGUGUGACAUCUCUAUGAACAAGCCGUUUGUUUUGUGU